ACGGACGUCAUUGCUGCCACCUGCUACAGUAGGACAAAGGCCAAAUGCACACACACACUUGCAUAUGCAGACAGCCAAGCGGAGGUCAAAGCAAUCUCUUAACAUAGCAUUAAUGAUAUGAUUUACUUAACCUCCUUACACUGAAGCCAUCCUGGACCCUCCACUUCCUCCUGUCAGUGCCCCCCCAACCCUCUCCCUCUCCUCCCCCCUCUGUCCCUGCCUCUCGUUUCAUCUCUCCGUCUGUGAGUCAUCACACAGGGUGAGAGGUCUCAGGAAAACAAGCUGCCAGAGUUGGACAUAACAUAACAAUGCAGCACCUGUCAGUGUGUGUGUGUGUGUGUGUAUGUGUGUGCGUGUGUGUGUGUGUGUGUACAUGUGCAUGCAGCUGUCUUGGUGUCUUGUCAUCAGACGAAUGCAGGGAACAUAUUCAAGUCUUACAGUAAAAGGCACACAGACCGUGUGUGUGUGUGUGUGUGCGUGUGUGUUGCUUUCUCUAGAAGUUCUUCUGCCGCUUUAUUGAUUGCUUGUCUCGCUUUGUGGCAGGAAAUGAGAUGGUGGGUCUCGCCACCUGUGUGACCCCAGCCACAGGGAUCCUCUAAUGAUCUGAACUCGGCUGCCUGGGUCUCGUGCUGCAUCCGGUUCCUCCGGGUUCCUCACUCGUCUCCGACCUGAUCAAUAGCGCACCCAUCAGCCUUUCAGAAGACAGUCUCUCCUCACCCCUCCUCUCCUCCUCACCCCUCCCGCUCGCUCCGACGCAGACAGGCAAAAGGCGGAGGAGGAGCAUCGGACCUCCACAGUCCACAGACGCCCGGUGUCGGUGGCAGUCGGUCGGUCGGUGGUCGGAAGCACACGGCAGCACAAGCCCCAGCGGAGGGAGGGAGACUCCUCGCAGCUCCACGGCUGUUUUCCAUUGACCAGUAAAGAGCCAGCAGAGAGACAAGCGGUAUAGAAGGCGAGCACGGGCGGAGAGAGAGAGAGAGGAUAAUUGCGUUUCUGGCUGCCCUGUGGGAACAUGGGAUAUAUGACCUCAUCAUUCACCUGUGAGGCUCUCCAGUAAACAACUAGAAAGAUGACUGAGGCCGCUGUCCAAAGUGCAGAUGUCCUCCUGAAAACCUGCGAUGUGACACCAUGUGAUGUCAUCGGCUGUUCCCCCCCGCCGCCAUGCCUGCCGCUCUGCAACCAGAGGGAGGAAGAGGAGUGCCGCCAUGACAGCAAGAAGCCGGAGCAGCAAAAACACUGUAACCAGGUGCAGCCAAAGAAAAAAGUGAAGGCAAAAGGAAAGUUAAUGCGCAGUAUGGCCGUCUGCGAAGAGUCCUCGCCAUUCGAAGAGAUCCAGGAAUCUCCAGACACGAUCAUCUCAUCUAGCUGCCAUGACAAUGAGAGAACAUCCUGUAAGGAGGAAGAGCAGGAGAAGAGCGCAGAUCCAAAGAAACAUUCACUGUCCAAAGAGUCCAGCGCGGAAUACACCGACUCCACCGGCAUAGACCUGCACCAGUUUAUCGUCGACACCCUCAACAGCAACCCCAGAGACCGGAUGAUGCUGCUUAAACUGGAGCAGGACGUGACUGACUUCAUCGGCAGCGAUAGCCCCUUUAAGAAGUUCCAUCAAAUGUCGUCCUACCACCGUAUGCUGGUCCAUCGGGUGGCGGCCUACUUUGGCAUGGAGCACAAUGUAGACCAGACAGGCAAGUCUGUCAUCAUCAACAGGACCAGCAGCACACGCAUACCGGAGCGGCGCUUUUUGGACGAGGUGCAGGACAGGACCGAUGAAAUCCACUGCUGGAAAAUGAUCUUGAAGAGAGACAACAGCUCAGAUGAUCAGACCCGAAACCAACCCUUUCGAGAGAAGCACAAGUCAGUGGAGGAGAGGGAGGAGGAGUACCAAAGAACACGAGAUCGAAUCUUUAACCAAGAGCCUCUUUACACCCAGGAGAGCGCCCAUGUAGAAACCAGGGCUGUGGAGGAGUACAACCCAUAUGCUGAAACCCAGAGGAGAAGACAGCUCUUCAGGAGGAGCCGCGGCAGCUCGGGCUCCAGUUUGACCGGCAGCAGCAGGCAGAGCAGCACCGACACCGACUGUCGCUAUGGCAACGAACCCCAACCCUGGAGCAGCACAGACUCUGAUUCCUCCUACCAGUGGACAGGCCCCGCCCCCAAACCCCGUCAACCUGCCAACCACAGCUGGGAGGGACGCGGUUCAGGCUCCGUCGCUCUGUUCAGACUGCCACCUGCCGGCCCCCACCCCCACCCCCCCUCUCCGCCCAUCGCAGAAGAGCCGGCUCACAACUCUGCCUACAUCAUCGAGAACGGGAUCCCACCUGGCAGCAUAUUAGUGAACCCACAAACUGGGCAGCCAUUCCUGAACCCUGACGGAUCCCCCGCUGUGUACAACCCACCGGACGCUCAGCAGCCAAUCAGGAGCCAGCCUCAGCUGCAGGGCUCUCUGCCUCAGCAGCAGCCACAGCAGCAGGUGCUUCAGUACUCGUCUCUGUCCUACGCCGCUCCUCAGAUGUUGCCUGUCACUCCCUCACAGCCGUACUCCACAAUGGAGGACUUCUCCUCGCAGUUCGCUCGCAUGCCAGGGAGCUGUCAGUCACCUGCUGAAGCCCCGCCUCUCUACCCUCCCAGUCAGGGUUACAUCUAUGCAGCUCCUCUCCCACCUGCCCUCCCCCUCCCCCCCAGCUACUGCCAGCCCUCACCUCAGGUGCCUGUGUUUUACUACGGCCAGUACCCUACCUCAGCUCAGCAAGGAUGCCGGCCAGUCUCACCCAGCCAGCACAUCCACAGCCAAGUAGCACAACCAACAGCAGGUUACCCUCCCACUGUGGGGGUGCAGCAAUCCUCCCACACUCAGGCCCAGGCUGUGCUGGGGACCUACCCACCAAUGGCCUCUCAUCAGUGUAGCAUGGUUCAGGGGGCCGUUCCGGUGUCCUACCCCCAGAGUAAAGUUGUGACUGGGGUGGGCGGGGAGGUGGGCUACUGCAUGGUGGCCCCCCCGUCCUCCCACCACGGCGGCUGCCAUCCUCCCAGCUGCACCAGCCUCGGCGCUCCGGCCUGGAGCGCACAGUACUGAUGCGGCAGCAGCGGAUGGAGCGAUGAUAAUUGUGGUUCCUGCGUGACCUCAACGCACACACUUAACGCAAACGCCUUUUUAUUUUCCACUCUCCCCUCCAUCCCUCCCUCCCUUCUCCCCUCCCUCCCUUCUCACCUACACCCCCUUCUUCCUGACGAUGCCCACAGGGCUCACUGUUCACACACACACACACACACAUAAAUGUACCACUGUACCAAAGCUUAAUAGUAUAUAUAUCAGAGCUGCUGUAUUGAAUGCAUUAUUUAUAUACACAAAUGGAGUUUUAUAAAUAUAUUAUAAAUUAUAUACUGUGUUUUAAUGCACUGUGUGAAGAGAAUAAAGUGUUAU